AUGGUACUAGUUGAUAUUAGCCCUGAUGUCUUGGAAUACAAGCCUCCUUUCACUGAGCAAUCUACUGAGUAUGCUACCAUUACAAACAAUUCUGAGCAACCGGUUGCCUUUAAAGUGAAGACUACUGCGCCAAAAUUUUACUGUGUUAGACCAAAUGCAGCUGUAGUGAAACCUGGUGAAUCAGUACAAGUUCAAGUCAUUCUAUUGGGACUAACUAAGGAACCUACAGCGGAUUUCAAAUGUCGUGACAAGUUCUUGGUGAUAACGUUGCCUGCGCCUUAUGAUUUAGGUGAAAAGACAGUGGCGGAUGCUUGGCCUGAAUUAGAAACUGAGUUCAAGCAACAAGCUGUUUCCAAGAAGAUCAAGGUUAAAUAUCUAUUAGAUCAAGAACCAGCGGUAGCUCAAGCUGUGCCACAACAAGUACCGGAACCAGUGGAAGACCAUCGCGAAGAGAUUCCAAUUACUGCCAAAUCUGAGGCUGCUCCAGUUCCAACUCUGGAGACAGAACAAGUGAAGAAAUCAGUGGAUGAGAAAAAGAUAAGCAAACCAGUGGAAGAGUUUACCUCCUCGGAACCAGAAAGAGUUACUACUAGGGAAUCUACAUCAUCGAACACAAAGACUGAACCUGUAUCUGCACAAGAAGGUUCUUUAAACUCAACUGCAUUGAUUCUAAUUGCAAUCAUUGCUCUUGUUCUUGGCUGGUUGUACUAUUAG